GAGGAAGAGCUUUACAUGCGGCAGCCCCCUGGUUUUGAUGAUGGGUCUCACCGAGUGUGUCGCCUCAAAAAGUCCAUUUAUGGGCUAAAGCAAGCCCCACGACAGUGGUACCUAAAAUUUGAUGAGGCUCUCAUGGAUUUUGGGUUUGAGAGAUCUGAGUGUGACCCUGCCUUGUACCACUUUGUGAGAGAUGAGGAGCGGAUCUCCUUAUUCCUCUAUGUGGAUGACCUUUUGCUCCUAUGCUCUAGCAAGGCUUUGCUAGAUCGAGUGAAAGAGUUCUUGUCCUCGCGUUUUCGCAUGAAGGACUUGGGGGAGGUGAAGUACUACUUGGGAAUGCAAAUUGAACGUGAUGAGAGUGGUAUCUUGAUUCAUCAAGAGAGGUACAUUCUUAACAUGCUUCAGUCCUUUGGUCUCUCAGAGGCCAACCCCGUGCGUACUCCUCUCCCAACAGGCUUUGAUGUGCAUGCCUAUGAGGAUGAACCCUUGCUGCGAGAUGAGCUGGUCAAGCUCUACCAAAGCAUUGUGGGAUCCCUCAUGUAUGCUUGUACUACCACACAGCCACAGAUUGCCUUUGCAGUCUCACAGCUAUCUAAGGUCGCCUCUUGUCCUAAAAUGUUUCACUUGCAGGCCGCUAAGAGAGUGCUGAGGUACCUGAAAGGUGGUGUCAAGUCAGGUAUCUUCUUCCAAACACAGCCCCAGUCUCAGGUCCAGCUAGUUGGCUUCAGUGAUGCUGACUAUGCUGGAGAUUCCGCAAGUCGCAGAAGCCACAGUGGGUAUGUGUUCUGUCUGAAUGGGGCAGCUAUCUCUUGGCAGAGCAAGAGGCAGCCCGUGGUAGCACUCUCUACCACUGAGAGUAAGUAUAUAAGUCUGUGUCAGUGCAUUCAGGAGGGUGUGUGGCUGAGGCGUUUGUUUGGGGAGUUUGGCCAUGAUCAUGCUGGUGGUGUGCCUGUGUUCGUGGAUAAUCAGUCUGCCAUUGCCCUUGCACAGAAUGCAUGCUUGCAUGGCCGCACCAAACACAUGCAGGUCCGGUGGCAUUUCAUUCGGGAGAUGGUAGCUGCGGGUGAGGUGAUUUUGCAGUGGUGCCCCACCAACCGUCAGGCUGCUGAUAUUCUUACCAAGUCUCUUCCAUUUGAGCGUCAUGGUGUGUGCAUGACCUUGCUCGGGAUGCAGCCCCAUGAUGACAGAGUUCCCGCAGCAGAUGCCGGCGUCUUGGUGCUCCUCUCCUUGGCGGACUCCAUGCUCUGGGUGGCCCCAACCCAUGGGCAAGGGGGAGUGGUGUGAAGGCAUUUGCCCUAUGGUGUUGAGCCACACCCAGCACGAGCAAGGGGGAGUGAUAAAUGUGUAGUGUUCUGUGGUGUGAUUUGCUCUAGCUGGCUGUGGGCUAUUGGGAUUUGGGCAAAAGAAUUGGGUUGGUUGGCUAGGUUUGAUCUCGUUACCUUUCCAACCCAUACUACCCCAUACCCACUACAACACUUUGAUAUUGCAGCUGUGGCACUUGGGAGUGUUAGGGUUUGGUUCAGGGCGAGGGUUGGUGUUGUUUGACAAUCAAAUACUCGAACUUUUCCAGAUCGAACUGCUUCCCUUCUCGUUUUUACUAGGUGAUUCAUGGCUGCCUAGCCAAAUUACCAGAAUAUCCCCUCACACUGAUUUCGUCAUAAUCGGCGGCUCAGAUCUUGGUUAUGAACGUGCUUUACCAUUCUGGAAAGUAGAGAUUAAGACCUUUCCAACGCGUAUAAGCUCAUUUCUAGAAGUUACUUGAGCUGCACGCAAUGUUCUGUUGAGAUCGUCAAACUUAAUCUCUAAUUAGUUCUCUCCAGAUUUGCAC